GUUCUGCGGCAUCUCGUGGCCAAAUGUGAAGCUUUGUGGUGUUGUGUGACCCCCUGUGACCUCGUGUGACACUGCGUCAAGCUCGGUGGACGAGUGGGGAAGCUUUUUUGUUUGGUCGCACUGAGACAACAAUUGAUGUCCACUGAUUUGCAUAUUUAAAGCCAAACUAUCGGACGCGCCCUUUUCUGAUCUCGUGAGGGGAAAGUCGCCGCCGUGCUCCAUGAAGUGGCUCUUCCCGACUGUGAUGCUCGGUGGCCGCGUGACCAAAUGCCGCUACGCUAUGUGGCCACGCGCUACGUUUCGCGCGAUGCGACCAAACACAAAAAGCGCGACAGGAAAAGAAACAAACCUGCGUCCUCAUCCCGACAGAGCUCUCCGCGGCCGCCGUGUUGGUUUUGCUCGGGUCCUGCUUUGAGGCCACCGCCAGCGUGCUUCCUCCUUCACAGCAGGUGGCCUACCAGGGCGAGGCGGUCACGUUGCGUUCCGGCGGCGACCCGUCCCGGGAGCUGGCCUCCAUCAAGUGGCGACCUGACCAUCCGCAACGUGAGCCGGCGGGACGCCGUGGACUUCAGCGUGGAGCUCGUGGACACGGAGAAGCGCAGCGUGGAAAGAGUGGUGACGCUGGUGGUGAGGAGACACCUCCAGAUGCCGAGCGUACGGACGCUCUUUACCGUGCAUUUGGACGGCGGCUGCUGGGUGGGGCUCGACUGUUUGUCCCCGGACUCGGACGCCAACCUCUCUUGGACGCUGGAACCCCCGCUUCCGACUGCCUACGCCAUGGCCGACCCCACUGGCAAGGGCCAAGUUCUUCUGGCGUCCCUGGCCUCCCGCGACAGCGCCCGCUUCACGUGUACCUCCAGCCGCAAAGCGGAGAACGUCUCGGACAGCGUCCGCGUCGCGUGCGUGACGGCGACCGAGCCGCGGCCCCGAUCCCGGAACAGCCUUUUCGUCUUGGCGGGAAUCGUUAGCGGCGGACUUCUGGUGGGCGUCGCGCUCGCGGGCUUGACAGGUGCGGAAAAAGGAAGCCCCGACGUCGUUGCGGCCGUCCGACGCCACCCUCAUCCUCCACCCGGCCGCCGACAAGCGGAUCAAGAAGAUGGCAGCGGAGCAAAAAAGGAAGACGACGGAUAGAUGUCGGAUGACUUUUGUCCUUGUUGGACAACGUGGCGUCGGGGAAAGUAUCGGCGGCGCUUCACUUUUCCCACCGCCGCAUUCGCCUGCUCCCAAAAUGGACGCAGCUCAAAUCCAAACUGUUCACACGGCGCCCCGCCGUGACAAUGGCUGUCCUGUCUUGGGGAUCAGGUGAACUUGAGGAGACCUUUCAGCCAUCUGGAUUUUUAUUAUUAUUAUUAUUAUUAUUUGGGACCACCAGGUGGCACUGUAGGGCUCCCUCUGCAUUUUGCUGCUGUCAUGUUUGUUUCGGUCAUGUUUUGGUUGCUGUUGUCUUUUUAUCUUCAGUCAUGAUUUUUGUUUGCUACUUUGGACUUUGUUUGCUUAGGAUUUGUGUGUUUCAUCAAUCCACUUGUUCAAAUACACCCGGCUCCUCUCUCCACCCUGCUUUUUGGGGUCCAGCACCACCUCGCGAACGUGACAGAUGCGCUUUGAAAUGCUUGGUCAAACAAACUUAUGACAACAAAUUUAUCAUCUGGAAAACAUCAAUCGUAUGUUUUACACAAAAUAUGGGCUGGGGACGGGGGGGCAGCCCCCCCCCCCCAAAAA